AUGGUUUUUGAAGAUCUGGAGUGUCGUCCCUUCUCGUUGGACAUCCCUUUCACAGAUCGGAGGCAUCAAACUCUCCACCUCUAUGCCCUAGCUUCCUUCGUCGGAGGAGACGAUCUAGAUUUCGUUGCCAUCGGGUGGUGGGUCUCGAUUUACUCGAUUUAUUUGAAGAUAGAUUUGCAGGAAGUUGAAACAAGAAACAAAAACGAUUUUCGGUUUCUGAUUUUUUUUAUAGUGGUGGCAUCCGGUGGUGGUGGUGGUGAGAGGUGGUGAUGGUAGCUGUAGGUGGUGGUUAAAGAAGGAAGUGGUGGACGGUAGUGAUUUAGAUAGUUGAAGCAGAUGAAGACGAGCACAUCUGUUGUUUCCAAUGGAGAGAGAGAUUUAUUUUUACUUUUUUGUUUUAGAGAGAAAUAUUUAUUUUUAUUUUUAUUUUUUUGUUUUAGAGAGAGAGAUUUAUUUUUAUUUUUAUUUUUUUGUUUUUUUUAAAUCAGUAAAUCAGAAAAACAAAUAAGAAAAAAGAGAAAAUCAUAUUAGCAGGGGUAGAUCCGUCAUUUUGAAAAUAAUCAGAACAGAUUGGACCAAAGACGCAACAAAAUGAAAGUUUUGGACCAUUGGCACUAGUCCAAACCUUUUUGGACCAAAGUGACAUUUUUCGACAUACACC